AUGCAAGACCAGAGAAUUAAAUAUAAAGCUUAACAGUAAUAUUUGUGUAGACAGUUAAUCUCAAAUAUCCGCCUCUCUUUCUGUCACCAUUAUAAUGUUAUAAUCAUGAACCUUAGAUAGUGUACUGUGUAUUAUAAGCACAAACUAAAUGUAUUUUGAAUAAGCUGUAUUUAAAAUAGUAUUAAGCUUGUGCUUGAAUCAAGUUAUAAUUCAGACUAAAUACCUAAUAUUGCAUCAAAUGGAUGUAAAUAGCGACCUUUACAUACCUUUGACCCAGUUAAAAAAAAAAAAAAAAAAGAAUUAGAAAAGUUUUUUGCCUGUGUUGCCAGAAGGCAUGACUCUAAAUAUCUUUGUCAUUAGGUGUGGUUUGUUGCCUAGGAAACCACAACUACCUAUGUUAUCCAAAUCCAUAAAGGAGCAUCAGUAUAGUGUUGUGACUGACAUUGAACUUGAAACGUGUUUUUUCUUUUGCAUUAUCAAAUUGAUCUGUGGUUAGUCAGAAAACAAGGGGGAUUUCUGACCAGGAAAUAACCGAAAGGGGUUGAUUAUAAAUAAAGGGGUCUCCAGGAAGAGAACUGGGAGAUUGUGUGACAAAUAUGGCUACUGUUAUAACAGCAAAUUAGUCGAGACAUUUCCAGAGCCAUCUGAUGGUUCGUGUUUAAAGCUGUUCCUCCCUCCAGUGGCUGAGCUGGUCUUUAAUUAUGAAAAGCCAAUGGGUCAUAAAUAUGGAAAAAUUAUUCCUCAAAGUAAAAAAAAAAAUAAAUAAAUUUAAAUCGCAUCGUUUGGCCGAGUUUUAUGGUUCACAUAAAACAUUUGUGUAAAAAUCUAUGGAACGAUGUACAGACCAAACAUUUCUGUCAGUAGUAAGUAAGUAUUCAUAUCUAUUUUUUACCCCAAUUUGAUCACCUGUAAUUCCCACACACCAGCCAGCUCUCUCCUGUCAAGCUGCUGCUUCACAAGGCAGCGUAACACACUCUGAGGAAAGUGCUAUCCGUCAUCUUCUGCAUACGUGAUGCAGAAGAUUCAACGUAUUCAACGAUUUAUAAAUCUUUGAAUAGUGCUAAAUUCAUCGUUUGUGCUAAAUGAAUGAAUAAUUGCCCAACUUCAGUUACCACACAGUUCCCACAACAUACCAGUAGGUGUAUUAGCUAUACUAAAUUACUAAAUACAUUUUUUAAAAGCACAUGAAUUGUCCAGUUUGUAAUUGUAUGAUGACCAAUGUGUGGUAAUGUCCAUCCAUCCAUGGGGAACUGAAGAGCGGGGAACUGAAGAAACAUCGUACCACCAUCGUACCAAAUAGAAUUUGUCUGAGGAAUCAUUUGAGAAAAAUGUUUGGAUUUGUUGAUUUACCCCGGAAUAUCUACUUUACAUAGAAACGAGAAAAUCUCAAUUCAGCCGUCACUUGUCAUGCUGUUGAGUUGUCAUUUGCUGCUGUUGCUGAAACUGUGUUGCGCACAGGUGGUUAUCACCUUUGCCUCGCAGCUCCGCGGUUGGGGGUUCGAAUCCCGUCUCCGCCCUGUGUGCGUGGAGCUUGCAUGCUCUACCCGUGCUUCGGGUGUUUCCUCCCCAAGUCCAGAGACAUGCGUUAUAGGCUGACUGGCAUUUCUAAACUGUCCGUAGUGUGUGAAUGUGUGUGAUUGUGUCCUGCGAUGGGUUUGGCACCCCGUCCAGGGUGCUCCCUGCCUUGUGCCCUGAGUUCUCUGGGUUAGGAUCCAGGCUCCACGUGACCCUGUGUAGGAUAAGCGUUAUGGAAAAUGGAUGGGUGUUGUGCACAUACAUAGAAAAUAAAUGAUAAUCUGUCGCUUUGUUGCUUGUUACCGUUAACGUAGGGUAACUUCGCGUAUGCAUUCUCCGGAUUUAUGGAUCCUUUGGCUUUCCACAUGGCCCAGCGUCUACGCGUUCAUUUCCAUAGGCGGAGACUCCAGCUCAGUGUGUGUGUGUGUGUGUGUGUGUGUGUGUGUGUAUUGUCUGUGGUAUAAGGGAGCUUUAAAGGGCUGCAUGCCUACAAGCAGCUGCUCAUUCAAGCCAAACAGCGUUUUCAUUCCCUACAGCUCCGGAGGUAUGGGCAAGACCUAGUGUUUGGAAAUUCCAGAAGCACACUUCUAAAUGGGAUUAACACCGCUGUCUUUCACAUCCAAGGACUCGUUUCUGCAUCUGGAAUAUCAUCCGAGGUGUUUUCUGCCAUUUGUGGAAGAGAUGGGAUUAACCAGGUCGCAGAAAAGUUGGGAUUUCUGUUGAGACAAUCUGCACUGCAAUGCAUUGGAUUGCAUUACAAAGGAUGGAAGGAUAAGAAAAAAAGGCUUAAAAAAAAAAAGCUACAAAGGAAACAAACGGGUAAAAAAAAAAGCAUCUUAUAACAGGGAGAGGAAAUGCACAGAGCUUGGAUUCUUCUCAUUGUGAUAGAAGAGGGCUUUGCUCUGGCGCAAAAAAUCAGAGAGACACAGAAUGAAGAUGGACCUCCAGCCAAGAACGAGCAGUGUGGCAUCUGGACCAAAACCAUCAGCGGCGGCCAGUUCAUGUCCCCCAACUACCCGAACACCUACCCACCUAACAAGGAGUGUGUCUAUGUCCUAGAGGCUUUGCCUCGCCAGAGAAUCCAGCUGGUCUUCGACAAAAACUACUACAUCGAGCCCUCGUUUGAGUGCCGUUUCGAUCACCUGGAGAUAAGAGAUGGUCCCUUCGGUUUCUCCCCACUCAUCGAUCGUUACUGCGGUCCGAAGAGCCCCGGCGUGGUCACCUCCACCGGCCGCUUCAUGUGGAUCAAAUUCACCACCGAUGAAGAGCUCGAGGGCCUUGGCUUCCGCGUCAAAUACACCUACAUAGCAGACCCGGAUUUUAAAUUGCACGUGGGCGGACUCCUAAAUCCGAUCCCGGAUUGUCAGUUUGAGAUCAGCGGCUCAGACGGGUUUGUCCGCUCCAGCCAGGUGGAAGAGGAGGAAAAAGUGAAACCCGGCGAAGCUCUGGACUGCAUUUGGACGAUCCGAGCGCCUCCUCAUUCCAAGAUCUACCUGCGCUUUCUGGAAUACCAGAUGGAGAACUCGAAUGAGUGCAAGAGGAACUUUGUGGCCAUUUAUGAUGGCAGCAGCGCCAUCGAGAACCUAAAGGCAAAGUUCUGCAGCACGGUGGCCAACGACGUGAUGCUGGAGAGUGGAGUGGGAGUUGUGCGCAUGUGGGCUGAUGAGACGAGUCGUCUCAGCCGUUUCCGCAUGCUCUUCACCUCCUUCGUUGAACCUCCUUGCUCAGGAAACACUUUCUUCUGCCACAGCAACAUGUGCAUCAACAACUCUCUGGUGUGUAAUGGCGUGCAGAACUGUGUGUACCCUUGGGAUGAGAACCACUGCAAGGAGCGGAAGUCUAAGGGCCUGUUCCACCAGAUCACCAAGACCCACGGCACGGUUAUCGGCAUCUCCUCUGGCGUGGUGCUUGUUUUGCUCAUCAUCUCCAUCUUGGUCCAGAUGAAGCAGCCUCGUAAGAAAGUGGUGUCACGCCGUCCAGCUGUCUUCAACAAAUCAGGCAUCCAGGAAGUGUUUGACCCCCCACACUAUGAGCUCUUCUCUCUGCGAGACAAAGAGCUCUCGUCUGACCUCGCUGAGCUGAAUGAGGAGCUCGAAAGCUUUCAGAAGCUGCGGCGUUCGUCCACGACGUCUCGCUGCAUCCACGAGCACCACUGUGGCGGCACCGGAAGCGUAAAGCAAAACCGCAGCGCGCUCGGCUCCAUGGAGCUCUCGUAUCACAACGACUUCUCCAAACCGCCGCCCAUGAAGACCUUCAACAACAGCGGCCUGGGGAGCUACAAGAAGAGCUGCUACAGCUACAAACAGACUCACGAGUGCGCCGAGCAGGUCAUCGAGGACCGGGUCAUGGAAGAAAUCCCGUGUGAGAUCUAUGGAAGGGGCGGGGCCAUAGGUGGGAAUGUGGGAGGGAUUAUCGGUGGGGCUGUGGGUGGAGCUACAGGAAGCAUUGGAAGUGGAUGCAGCAGCAUCAGCAUCCGUAACCAUGGCGGUGUCCGUAGCAACAAUGCCACUAGCAUACCGGAUUCGAGUCAGCGCUCCAUUUCCAUGGACUUUUGAAAGACUGGAGGGAGUAAGUGGAGGAGGAGUAAAGGAAGAAAGUUAAAAACAGAAAAGACCGACCAUCACAGACUCUUUUACUCUCCAUUAUUUCUUGUAUGUCUAGUAACAAGUCAAGGCGUCUUUAAGAAAUCCAAUCCAGUCUCCUUGAUUUACUUCAACUAGACAUUCAGAGUGACCUUAAUGACUCAAACCCUUCAAGUCGUAUCCUUCAUUUCCUGUUUCGCCACAUUAUAACCCGCCUUCCUGCCAUGUGUCUGAACAAGCGGAGAUAUACAUACGAUAGCGCUUUUCCACCACAUAGUGCGGUACAGUGUGGCAUGGCUACUAAUCCGAAUCCAGAAUUAGCCAUACUUUGGUAUUUAACAGUACCCCUGAAAGUUCUCGGGAAGUUAUGGCAUGGUGAAACAAUGUAGGAUCUUCAGAUUUUGUUCAAACUUUAACUCGCUCUUUAGUUUGACAGUGUUACUGGAAAAGACCUAAAACAGUUGACCAUAUGGAACAUUCUGGAAUUUCCAGGACACUCCUGAAGAUUGCUGUUUCAUAUGAUCUGGGUGAUAAAAUUCCAGCUAGCCAGGCUAAAUCCCAAAACGCGUACUAUUUUUCUACAUAUCACACUACGAUAACAAAAAACAAUUUGUUUCAUAUUAUAAAAGUAGUGACCCCUGAGUGAGACACGUCACUCUGACAUCAGCCCUGCCUCCUGGUUGCAGAAAGCCGGAGUCUAUAACGAUUUUUAAAAGCGGAGCCAGAAUUUAUUUUCUAUAACGUUGCAUUAUGAAUCGUAUAAGUGUCCAUAAACACUUUUGUUCUGUCAUAGAGUAACACUGUCGAAUAUUUCCAAGCCAACAGAGGACGGUUGUGGUUACAGGAAGGAUAAUGGGUUCGAGUAACUAAUUAAACUGCAUCUCCGCCACCUAGCUAACUAUGUGUGCUAAGUAAGAAUUUGACAGGCGUAGCUUAUUAGUUGGCUAAAAUGUCUAAUCUAUACUGCUUUAACAAACUUGCAUAGCUCACUUAGAAUCGAAAAAGAAAUAAUCUAGCUUAUACUAAAUAGCUAGAUCACAUUUUUUACCGAGGACUUGUCUGUAACGGACAUGUUUAUCUAUCGUAAAGUUAACUAGCUUAGCUUUAUUCAGCUAACAGAUGAGCACCUUGGCUUUCAGUGCCACGUCAUCCUCGAAGUUGUAGCCAUAAAAUAUUACGCCUCGAACGUUCACACAAGCAACAAAGCUGUAAUCAUCAAGGGACUUGGAUGCCUUCAGUUUCUCCCUAGUUUAUAUGCUCAGAGCUUCAAUGAGAUAUAUGUCUGGUCAUUAGCCACCGCUUAGCAUCAUUUAGCCACUGACAGAACGCCAAGCCACAAGGAUCUUCUAGCGUUACACCAUUUAAAACUGUUAGAUGAAUACCACGCCCUGUCUUUUAGUGUUACUUCAUAAUAAGUGGAUAACAUUUUAGCUAAUGUCAGUCAGAUUCCUAAAUAAAAUUCUUCAUAGAUUCCUCAGCCCUACUAGUACCAUUUACCGUUAGGUUGCUAAUCUCAACCAGUCUUUUUGCAACCAGGUUGGCCAUGCAUGUCUUUUGGUUUACAAACACUAACGGGGUCUAUUUAAUUCUCUAGUAAAUAUUUUGGCACACAGCCGUACUUGUACAGUUUUUGUUUUGUUUUUUAAACAGCGGUAGUUGGACUUAAAUGAUAACUCUUGGUGAUCGCGUUUGACCAGUUUGUGGUCAAAGCUCCACCCACUUUGUCUCUGUUUGUUUCUCUUGAUACGCAGGAAGAUGAGGAAUAGAAUUGAACAUUAAACAAUGUUGGUAUUAUGGAUUUCUCACCAUAACUUACCAGAACGUCUGGUGGAACAGCACUGAUAGAGACCUAGCUAGAUGAAGACGCCAUUUUGAAUGAAAUAAAGUGAAACUUCAUGGCUGCCAUGUCGGUUCCCCAUCAGCACAGUGAAAUGAAUGGGUUUCCAUGGACAUAUUGUAAACAGAUUCCCAAACUGUUUCCAAAAAAAAAUACAGAAAGGAUCGUCUCGCUAACGUGUUAGCUAGUUAGCUAAAUUAGCUAACUGAUUUUACAUCAGACUAAACAGAAAUAGCUAGCGUGAUUAGACUAUUUGACACAAUUCAGUGAUGUGUGAGUGAGUAAGCAAAACACAAAACACUUUUUUUUUUUCGCAGAGAAAAAAACGCCACAUUACUUUAUGGAUCCAGAGGGUUAGGGUGAGACAUUCUUUGUAUUUCUUUCUUUGUUUAUUUGCAACAACAACAACAACAACAAAAAUCGCUAUUAUUAUUAUAUACAAGAAAAAUCAGGUGGAGAAAACAAAACAAAAAAAUAUAUAUAUACAUAUUCUGUUGCAUAUCUUAAUCAAAAGGUUGUAUAAAAAUGAGCAAAAGAGCAGCACAAGUCUUCUGGAGUGGUGUGCACUUUGUAGUGUGCACUUCGUCCCCUAUUUAGGGCUCUAGUGUGUAUAUCUAUGAGUGAAACCGGGAAGCCAUUUUAACUGUGUACCAUAUUAUAAAACAAUAUUUAGGGCUCACGCUGUUGUUUAGCAUUAACUCAUGGAUUAUUUGCGUCGUUAACUUGAAGCUAAUGAGUAUUAAAUAGUCACAUUGCUUUUAUGGACACUCCCUUCAACCCUCUCACACACACACGCACACACACGCACACGCACACACAUGACAUAAUUGUAAGAGAAUAAUAGUAGAAAGUUUCCUACAGAUCAGUUAUAGCUUAAUUAUUCUUUUUGUCACUGGCUGUAUUAUUUAAAGAAAAUCCUUUGUGUACACAUCUCAUUAGCAUCUUGUAUACACACACACACACACACACACACACACAUAUAUAUAUAUAUAUAUAUACACACACACACACACACACACUGUAUGUCCAGUAUUCAGUAUCCAGGUGUCACACAGACAGAGCAUGGAAACUGUAAAUGAGGCCAACGCCUUUUAUACAGAAAUAAUUCCUUUUGUUGGUGUAUGAGGGACGAUUAAGUGGAAUAUAUUUUCUAACUCAUGAACGUGUGUGUAUCAAAUCUAUACUGCGCUUCCAUUUUAGUCCUGGCAUUAAUAAUUGUAAAAGAUAUCGAUGUAAGAAAUGUCCAACUAUAUGUUUUAUUAAAACCGCAUCACAUUACUGGUGUUUGUUUAUUUAUUCACAUGCGGCAGACAUUUUUACACACGCGUUAAUACACAAAGACA